AUGACACUGGGCGAGAAACAAAAGUCAACAAAGUCACUGCCAGAAAAACAAAGCCUAGACCAUCCCGUCCUGUCCUGCAUCUGCCUGCACCUGCACCUCCCUACGAGGUACCUUACCCUGCCUAAAGGCUAAGGUACCUGGGCCGGUACGGAGACCUCGUUUCCCCCUAGUCGCCUUUUUUUACGCAGUCAACUAGGCCUGCCUGCGCCUGCGCCUGCGCCUGCACCCUGUCCACUGGCCUGUCCUCCACCCAAAUCUUUGUCUCCCUUUCCCCCCAUUUUCCCACUGCAGCUGCCAGUGCCAGGUCUUCCCGCUCGCUCUCGCUGGCCUGGCUCCCUUCUCUUUUUUCUCACACCUUCCUUCCCGCCUCCUCUGACACCACUUGUCUACGAAGUACCUUACCACCCGUCCACCACCCAGGACCACCACCACGCACCACGCACCACACACCACGCCCCCCAACACAAAUCUGCCCUGCUGUUCCAUUGCUUGCACCCGCGUCGUCGUCAAGUGAACUCCACCCGUAAGGUACUACUGUGACCUUACCUUACUUCUACCCAUCCCAUUCUCUUCCACCUUCAGAUUCCCCCUUCCGACGCAGCUCUUCCUUCUCCAUCUUCCUCGUCUCCGCCAACAAGCUCAACCUCCUCACAACCGACCGCAACUCAAUCCGAUCUUCAUCGCUCGCUCACUUUCUUACUUUCACAUCCAAUACAGACACCAUGGCUGAGAUCCGCCGUAAGCUCGUCAUCGUCGGCGACGGUGCCUGCGGUAAAACCUGCUUGUUGAUUGUCUUCUCCAAGGGUACCUUCCCUGAGGUCUACGUUCCCACCGUUUUCGAGAACUACGUCGCCGAUGUCGAGGUUGAUGGCAAGCACGUCGAGCUGGCCCUUUGGGAUACGGCUGGCCAGGAAGAUUACGACCGUCUCCGUCCCCUUUCUUACCCCGACUCCCACGUCAUCCUGAUCUGCUUCGCCGUCGACUCCCCCGACUCCCUCGACAACGUUCAGGAGAAGUGGAUCUCCGAGGUCCUGCAUUUCUGCCAGGGUCUGCCCAUCAUUCUUGUCGGUUGCAAGAAGGAUCUCCGCUACGACUCCAAGACGAUUGAGGAGCUGCGUAAGACCAGCCAAAAGCCCGUCUCCCCUGAAGAGGGUGAGGAAGUCCGCAAGAAGAUCGGUGCCUACAAGUACCUCGAGUGCUCCGCCAAGACGAACGAGGGUGUCCGCGAGGUUUUCGAGCACGCCACGCGCGCUGCUCUGCUCUCCCGCAGCCGGAGCAGCGGCAAGAAGCACAAGUGCUUGAUGCUCUAAAUACCCAAUGGGCGAACUUCCCAAACCCUUUCUCCCUCUUCGACCACAACCCCCAUUUGUAAUCAUCAAGGUCCCAGCCUCCAUUGUCUUUUCCCAACUUUUCGGAUGAGAAAGGGUUUUUGGUGGCGGUUUGGAAGGCGGGGGCAAUAUUUGCCUGCAUAGGUUCUCGGAAUUUGGAGUUUUGCUCAACAUUGUGUCUCAUAACCCACCUGGCACCACAUCGAUCGGCGUGUCACCGUAUCUGGUUCUGCGGGGCGUCUUUUACUCAAUCCAUGUCAUUCCCUGCCGAACGGUGACUGGGAGAAGGAACAGCUAGCCACAAUCCCCACGAGAAGAAGCUGCGAGGAAAAGGAUUUCUGUCACGGAUGUCUCUCACGGUCUCGGGGGAGGAAAGGGCUUGUUGGCUGGCGCGGCCGACAGCUGCUGGGUGACGAUGGACAGUGAGUUGUUUGGUAACCUCGGGGAACGGCGGUAUGGCAACGGUCUUCAGCUGUGGAAUCGGCUCGUCUGGCUAUAGUAUUGCGACGAAUCCGGCUACAUCAUAAAUCUUGUCGUGUUAUUUUUCUCUUUUGACGCCUCGCAGCUUUAGAUGGCGGAGAUGGACAUGUGUUUCCUGGCUGCGUUUUCUUCUCUCUUGUCGAUUCUCUCAAUCCAGGUCUUUGAUAACUCAAACCGCCUCUGACCGUCCAUUGCCAUUCACGUUGAUUAUCGUGUCGCCUUGUACCCAUUGCAAAGUUGGUCCACACUGACAUCAGCUCUGACUCCUCUACAGCAUCGUCAUCGCCGUCAUUCUCACGUGUCAGGGGGUAUAGAAGAUGAGAUGAACAAUGGACAGAGGCAAGGCACCGGAUCUCGAACAGAGAGGUCGCGACACGAAAAGGUAAGGUAGCCCAGGCAACACCGGGUUAUAUCGGUGAUGUUAUUGGGAUGGAAGUCGCAGUGUGUAGUAUACUUACUAGCUCUUGCCUGGUUCUGUCUUUUACCAACAGGACGGCACAUGACGGUAACGAGUUUCUAAACAUAGGCGACUUUAAAAUGUAUAGGUGAAUGAUUUUAGGGUAGCCGUUGCUUUCAGAGUUGGGUAGCGGUGUCACGUUGAUUACGCUGCCCCGCCUCUGGUGAAGGGGAUGGCCCUGUUUGGUUUGUGGACGAGAGGGGACUAUGCGAUGCUACGGGAACGCGUACAUGGGCAUGUAUAGCGUUUGAAUUCUCAAAGGGGG